AUGUAUCACCCCGAGACUAGCACCCCUCACACGUACAAGCGGAAGAAGUUGAUCUUGUGCUUCGACGGUACGGGGAAUAAAUUCAAGGGGAGCGGAGGGGACACGAAUAUCUUGAAGAUAUUCAGGAUGUUGGAUCGGGAGGGGAGCGAUCAGUCAAGGGGAAUAUAUGCUGACUUAAUGAUCGCUACAUCAUUCGAUCAACAUGUGAUAGGUGGGUACAAGUUCCUAAUGCGCUUCUACGCGCCAGGAGACGACAUAUACCUAUUCGGGUUCUCGCGCGGGGCCUACACUGCGAGUUUUCUGGCGGAAAUGCUGGACCAUGUCGGGCUCGUCUCGCAAGGGAACGAGGAGAUGGGGGUGGGGUGGGGUGCUCGGGAGCAGGAUAUGUACAAAUCUACAAGCGGAUUCCGGGAAACUUUCGCCAGACCGAGGUCUGCUGGGUUUUCUUAUACCGCUAGAAGUACCGCCCGAGUAAUCCGGCAUGCAGUUGGCAUCGACGAACGCCGCGCUAAAUUCCGCCAAGACCUCGUCGAAAAAGUCGACUUGCAAGAACUAGCCCGCCGCCGUUCUUUCGGGACAGGACAUCUGAUAGAGUCCGCCCUAGGCCACCGCCCCGCCUCCAAAUCAAAAUCGAACAAGAAUAAUAAAAACGGCCACCCCUGCCAAAACGGCAAUUCCGCCAAGGCUGGUCCGAACGACGAGGACGACGAGGACGAGAAGGCCGAGCAGGAUAUCGAGGAGGUUUGGUUCCCUGGUGCGCACGGUGUUAUCGGUGGUGGGUGGGAUCUACCCGACGGGGAGGAACCGUUGUCGCAUGGGCCGUUAGUCUGGAUGGUCCGCGAAGCCCGCAAAGCCGGCGUGGUAUUCGACAAAGAGCGCAUGAAGCAAAUGAAAGUAUCGUCAACCACUUCCUCGGCGGAUAACCCGACGCAAACGCUCCAGCAACCGGAGCAGGAGCAGAGCGCGAAUUCUGCCCCAAUCUCCACCCACAUCGCACACGCCGGCUCCCACUCCUCCGCCCGCACCCCGGCAUCGGACCCAACCCCAGCACAAGCGGCAGAUCCGAAGACCUACCUGCUAAACUCCUACACCCGCGGUAAAAUCCACGACUGUCUUCGUUACCCCUCCUGUGGCCUCUCCCUAGCCGGAACCUACGGCUGGAAAUUAAUGGAGUACCUCCCCUUUCGCAGGAUGGACUUGCAACCCGACGGGUCCCGGAAGCCCAUUAUCUGGCCGCUGCCCUGCGGCGAGGUCCGUGACAUCCCCGAUACCGUCAAGACACACAACAGCGUGAUCAGGAGAAUAAAGGCGGAUCCAAAGUAUCGCCCGGGAAAUCUGAUCAUCGGAGGGGGUGGGAGGGGGGUGAGAAGGGCACCGAAAAACGCCGGGAUUGGUGAGUGGGAGGUGUUGAGGGAGGGGGGAAGUCUGGUCGGCGAGGUGCUUGUCAAGAAGGGGGCUGAGGAGAAGGGGUUGGUUGGGGGGUCUUGAAUAGAUUAUAUGUGAAGAUCACCGGUAAGUCUGAGGGAGGCUAAGUGGACAGGUGGAUGAGGGGCGAAUAAAGGAUGGGUGGUACUAUACGUAUUUGGUGUAUGUAAAUGUAUUUUAUUGAGCGAUCACGAUAUUGUAUCAGA